AUGUCACUAUUUGAUAAGCUAACAGGCUUAGCUCAAAAGGCAAAAGAUAGUGUUGUUUCAAAAACGCUCAUUUCCAAAGAUAGACGACUAGAACGCUCCCUUUCUGAACGCAUAAAAGUCAGCGACAUUUAUUUUGAAAAGAUCUCAACGUACGGUUUACCUUCCAAAUUGGAUGUCGUUGCUUUCGAUUGUAUAGCAAGCUUAUUGGCAGUUGGAAUAUCUGCAACAAUAAAGCUACCUAAAUCUAGUGGUAUCAAAUAUCUUCAAUUCAAAAACGGGUAUCCUAUUUUGGUUGUCAUCGAUACCAAAAAUAUUAUCAUAACCAUCGAUUUACGCACAAAAUCCAUUCGGCAUACUUUACAAGCACAGCAAAUUAUUACUUGCCACGAGUAUUGCACAGGAACAGAUUGGCUAUUUAUUGGAUACGCGAACGGCUAUGUGGACGUAUUUGAUAUUAUGCAAGGGUGCCUAUCGCCAUAUCAGAUACCUAACCUAAUAGAAACCUUGAGCGAUCAACAAAAGGGUAAACCAGCAGCUAACAAUGAGAAUUAUAACUGUGAGCAACGUAAUGUUGUAGUAGAUUUACAAAUUCAUCCAAUUGAUUUGAACACAUUAAUGAUUGGAUACAACUCGGCUUUAUUUAUUUGGAAUAUACGUGAAGCGACUAUCCGCAAAUCCUUUACUCUGCAAAAGCUGAAAAUGCCGGUCGAUUACAACAUCAAUGCCGGACUAACAUGCUUUGCUUGGAAUCCUGACGGAACCCAUUUUGUGACUGGAAACGAUGAUGGCUAUGUACACUUAUGGGAUAUUAAAAAUGAACAUAAACCUGUAGCCUCAAAGAAAGUAGCAGAAUACUUCGCAGCUUCAAAUAAGAAUGUUAGCAAUGACGACAAACACAGUUUCGUGGGGCCUAUUUAUCAAAUUGCUUGGUAUACAAAUGACAAACUGCAAAAAUCAUACAUGCUCAUUGCUGCAGAUUUAGAAGCCCAACAAAUUCAUGGCCUGACCAUCUUGGAAUAUGAUCUUCUUGAAAACAGCGACAAUAACAAUUAUAAAGAAGUGAAGAAGCAGACUCUAUUGCCUCUAUCGAGAGAUUUAUCCCAUUUUUUAAUUCUCGGCAACGAUCCCUACUAUUUAGGCUUACGAAAUCCUUUGGCGGUUGCUGUGAUAGAUAUUGAUCAUAGUCUGCAAAUUUAUAGCCUAGAACAUGGAUACCCUAGAUUGAAGCUUCCGCCUGCUCUUGAAUUCAUUAACCCCAAUGUGCUGAAUGCUUGUUAUAUACCCAAUAUUUCUGAUUCUGUGUUCAAACAAGUCACAGCUUAUACCAUGUCUGACCAAAAGACACGCUAUUUACCCAUCACAGGUGGUAGUGUAGGCCCCGAUCACGUAUAUCAUGUAACCUCUAAUGAUUUGCUGCUCACCAUUCAUCAAGGAGAAAUUAUCAAGUUUUGGGAUGCAUCGUAUACCGGUCUACGGCCACUCAGCCAUUUAACUAUUUAUAGUCGCGAUGAAUUAACUUCUGAGGACGCCUUUAUAUGCUGCGUUGACUUUAAUAAAAUGACAGGCACGGUUUCCAUUGGUAUGAGUGACGGUUUCGUUCUAAUUUAUCAAUAUCACCCAGACCCUGAACCGCCGACCAAUAUUAAUCCUAAAUUUCUGAACAGAAGAAAUGAAGAGUUUAUCAACAGCUGUGAUGAUACACUCGAAGAGAUUUCAGCAUUACUCAAUGAAAUGCAAAAAGAUAGUUCUGAUGUUAUCGAAAGGUCUAUGAAUAAUAAUGAGGAACAGAAUCCUAGCGACAGUACGAAUCCCUUCUUAAAAACAGAACUCCAAGGAGCCGAACAAAAGGAUGAAUUAGACAUGAAGACUCCCGAAACUACGGCUAGCUAUAGUUCAGCCACGAGAACAUCGGAAGAAUCUACAACUAGUUCAGUAUCAUUCAAUCGAAUCUACUCCAAUCCUAUCUCGAGCGGUUAUUACCCUUGUCUAACUAUAAAAUUAGGCUCUCCGGUACGAGGUAUACUUAGCAUCGAUAACUCAAUUAUCACUGUAACGCUCGACAAUGGGCAAUUAUAUCUCAUAGAUAUCAUGAAUCUAUACUCGUAUGAGAUCACUCGUAAGUACAUGAAUAAUCUCUGA